AUGUCCAUUGUCCUGGAUAUGAUAGAGACCUCCUCGGAAAUACCAAGAGCCCAGCAUGCCCACAUCCAGCCCGCGGGCAGCCGGGUCCGCCCGAGUCCCAGCGGGGAGCAGGCGGCGGGGCUCCGGGGCUCGCAGACGGGCGGCGGCCGCGAGGGACGCGCCCCGGGCCCGCGCUCAGGAAGCGGCAACAGAGUCUCAGACAGGAUUACGGAUGACUGGCCAGGAUAUGACUUGAAUUUAUUCACGUAUCCACAGCACUAUUAUGGAGAUUUGGAGUAUGUCCUCAUACCUCAUGGCAUCGUUGUGGACAGAACUGAGCGGCUGGCUAAGGAUAUUAUGAAAGACAUAGGAAACUGUGACAUUAUGGUCCUGUGUGUGCUUAAAGGAGGUUACAAGUUCUGCGCGGAUCUUGUAGAACAUCUUAAGAACAUCAGUAGAAAUUCGGAUCAAUUUGUCUCUAUGAAGGUUGAUUUCAUCAGAUUGAAAAGUUACAAGAACGACCAGUCCAUGGGCGAGAUGCAGAUAAUCGGAGGCAAUGAUCUUUCAACACUGGCUGGAAAGAAUGUCCUCAUUGUUGAGGAUGUUGUUGGAACGGGGAGGACCAUGAAGGCGCUGCUCGGUAGCAUAGAGAAAUACAAGCCCAACAUGAUUAAAGUAGCCAGUUUGUUGGUGAAGAGAAGACCUAGAAGUGAUGGCUUUAGACCUGACUAUGUUGGAUUUGAGAUUCCAGAUCUGUUUGUGGUGGGUUAUGCCUUAGAUUACAAUGAAUACUUCAGAGAUCUGAAUCACAUAUGUGUGAUCAAUGAACACGGCAAAGAAAAGUAUCGAGUCUAA